GCACGCUCAGCAGUGACGACACGGGCAGUCUGGGCGAGCGGGCGCUCGUGGCCGACGUGGAGAGCGUGUUCAGCGAGCGGAGCGUCUGCCGCACCGUUCAGGUGGAGUGCAGCAAGAACGACAUGCAAGUCACCUUCAGCUUCGGGAGCCGUUUCGAAGGCCGAGUGUACGCCACGGGCAACGCGCAGGCCUGCUUCGACAUGGGCAACGGCCGACAGACUGUGCUGCUCUCCAUCCCGUUGGGCAGCCGCUGUGGCACCGUUGAGGAGGGUCGCGGCCGGUACGUGAACCACGUGGUGAUCCAGCAGCACCCGACCAUCAUGCAGGAGUCGGACAAGACCGUGCGGGUUGAGUGCACGUUCGACGCCAACGACCAGACGGUGACUCUCGCGCCCACCGGCAACCGCUUCACUGAAGGCGGCGGCGUCGACGUCAACGCGCCCUUUCGGCCCGUGGGUACUUCGGUGGUUACGAACACUGCGCCGACCCCUAGUGUUAGUCUCCGAAUCGUCGGACGCCAGGGUCGCGACACGAGCGAGGUCAGCCUGGGUGAGGAGCUGACCUUCAUGAUCGUCGCCGACCCGGGCAGCGCCUUCGGUAUCCUCGGCAAGGGCGUCGAGGCGCGCACCGACAACGGAGAGCUGCUCGCGCUCAUCGACGACCAGGGAUGUCCUCGGGAUGCGAGCAUCUUCCCGGCCCUGGAGAUCGACAGGGAGUCCAAGAACCUGAUGGCUAACUUCAAGGCGUUCCGCUUCCCCAGCACGGCGCGGGUCAACUUCUUCGCCACCGUGCAGUUCUGCCAGGACGAGUGUCCGCCGGCGCGCUGCCCCUCGGGCAACUCGUACGGCCGUCGCCGUCGCUCGCUGAACGAGACCGGAGCGGAGGACGUCGCGGAGAAAACCCGCCAGCUCGGCCGCCACCGCUGA